AUGUCGAGGCGCAAGCAAGCUAAGCCACAGCAAAUUAAUUCCGAUGAGCCCGGUUCGUCAGAAAAUGGUGAGUUUCUGGAUUGAUAAAUUACUUUUAGAAAGAGUCGCGCGGGGUUACAUUUAUACAAUUUUGCAAGAUAUCAACAGAAUAAUUGGAAAGUGAUACAAUGUUUCUCCUCGCACUUUGACCUGGCUGGAUCAUGACCCUUGGAACUGACCACGCUUUUUCAUGAAUAAACCUGCGAGUUGAAGAUUUCAACUCGUUUUUUUUUGUUGCCAAAAUAGGCUACAGUUGUUCACUUUUUGAAAUUGUAUGAGUUUCUUAAUUGGAAACGUUUGAUCGGUUUGACCAACUGAUUAAGCAAUUGCAUUUUAUUUGUCAGUGAGCCAGAAGCCCACUUUAAACGACACUGCCUUUCAACUUUUCUCUAAUUUAAGUUACUUUUUCAAAAUGUACCUAUGGAAUACGAAACGGGAAUAUCUGGGUGAAAAUCACAAACGUGAUUAUUGCUGUAGGUUAUUUGAUUAUCUGAUUGUUUCGUUGGCUAUCUUUUAGAAUAUCACCUUUUUUUAAACUUUUUUUGUUGUUUUUUUACACAAAAGCAGUCUUAUGAUUUUAUAGGCCUAAUUGAACAACUAUCCAUUUUGGGCAUUCGUUUUAGAUGUUAUUGCAUGUGGUGUUUGUCUUUCAUUAUGACUAGCCUACUAAUAUGAUUGCACUGUAGGUUUUCUUUAGCUUUCCAUCAUUAUGUAGGUGUAUAUGGAAUAUAUUUGAUGUGGUGUGUUAGGUGGCAAUUUUUAAACAAAGGUGUCGGACAGUAUGAAAUGUGACUCAGGAGUAAACUGACCUGAAGGCAAUAAAUCCCCCAGUUUAACGCAUGACUGUUUUCUUUCCUACAUAUGUGGAGAGGUGGGGGAUGGACGGAGCGUUAGUGGUAGGUUUGUAGGCAAGCAAGGGGUGGGGGUGCGGCUUGUGUUGCCAUAUGUAAGCCAUAGUAAUGAACAUAACCUUUUAUGAAUGAUUAUUUUUCAUUUACAUUUUAGUCAGAGCGACUUACAGUUAGUGAAUACAUACAUUAUUAUGAUUAUUUUUUUCAUACUGGCCCCCCGUGGGAAUCGAACCCACAACCCUGGCGUUGAGCUACAUCCCUCAGCCUACUGAUGGCACUUACACGUAGACCGCCUUGAUUGGGAGAGUGCAGAUGUGCUAUGACUUGUCGGAGAUUCUUUGAUCUGAGAAUUGUCACUCGGGCUCCCGAGUUGCGCAGCAGUCUAAGGCACUGCAUCUCAGUGCUAGAGGCGUCACUACAGACCCUGGUUCGAUUCCAGGCUGUAUAAUAAUCCGGCGGUGAUUGGGAGUCCCAUAGGGCGGAGCACAAUUGGCCCGGCGUAGUCCGGGUUUGGCAGUCAUUGUAAAUAAUAAUUUGUUCGUAACUGACUUGCCUAGUUAAAUAAAAAAUAUGUUCUGUUUGAUACAAUGUAUCAAUGUACUCUCAUUGAUAAGUGGCAAACUGGCAACCCCUGUGUGGUUUCACCUCGUGCCAUAUUGAACUAUGAGACUAGAUGAUCUGAUAGAAUUUAUGCGCCACCAAGUGGUUAUAUGAGUGGAGGGACACGUUGUGAAGUCAAUCUUUUCUGAUCUUUGUUUUAAAUAUUAAUUGAAUAUCCCGAUUUUAAUCGAAGUUGUUUUUUUCUAGAAACGGGUUUUUCUCUCAUUUUGUAGGUUGUAGGUUAAUUGCGUCUUUUUCAUAAUCGACCACUUUUGCAUAGUGAUUGAUAAGGUAACGUUCUCCUCCCGCUGCCUACUGCGUUAUUAUGCACUGAAACAUUGGCAACUUCUUUGACAAUGAACGGAUUCUGAAUAGCCUACCUACAAUGUAAUUUGCAACUUUUUCACCCGACCCCACUGAGCGAUUAGCAAACCCAGCAACAAUUGGGUUAGAAGAAUGCAGACAGGCGGUCUAACCCCCCACAGUCGAGAGUACAUUAGCAUUUGACAAUGCGACUGGUUGUUAAAUGGCCUCGGGUGGGCAGACACAUUUAAAAUGAUCACUUUAGGAUUUAUACCGGUUCACGUGUUCCAUUUUGUAAAAAUGUUGCUCGUAUUACUUUGCAUGUAAAUGAGAACUUGAUAUGCCCUCCUGUAGCUCAGUUGGUAGAGCAUGGCGCUUGCAACGCCAGGGUUGUGGGUUCGUUUCCCACGGGGGACCAGUGUGAAAAAUGUAUGCACUCACCAACUGUAAGUCGCUCUGGAUAAGAGCGUCUGCUAAAUGACUAAAAUGUAAAUAUGCGGGCGAUUUUCCCUGAUCUUUUCUGGGUGUGAAAGUUAGAAAGACAAAUCAAUUGGUGUGAAGCAACUGCCCUGACUGGGCAUAGGCAUAUGUAGUUUAUAUAACAUUUGUUGAUACAUUACAUUUAAGUGCCGGUUAUGUAGACUACAUGGUUGUUUAAUAGUUCGUUCACGCCUGCCCCUGUAUCAGUGCGUUAGCGAUGUCGACGAUGAGUAUAGCUAUGACGUGUCUCUUCUCUAACGCUGAACACAGAAACUGGGGCAGUUCAUACAGUACUUCCCAGACUUUAAUUAUUGUGGCAAAUUCGGACUGAUUAUUACAGGCCCACACAAUAUGAUAUGGGUUCACAUGUUAGCCAAUCCUUAUAAUAAAGUAUGAUUGCUAUAGGAAUGUAUUUCAGUUUCUAAAUCGAAAUGUGUCAGUAAAGCCAGGUUGCCCCUGUUUUUGUCUCAAAUCAGAUGUUGCCCUCUGCUGGCCCAGUUGUGCACUAAACCCUCAUGUUAGCAAUGCAUUGACUGGAAAUCUGAUUAAAUGCUUUUCAUGAAUGUAAGACUUUGAUUCAAGCUUUGCCCACCAAAAGCACAUACUUUCUAAUGUAGAUGAGCCCCAUUAGUUAUUGCAGUAUUUGAAUACAACCUUUAGUAUAGUUAAAAUGCAUUUGUGUGUGUUUGACUGAAAUUAAAAAAUAUAAAUAAUUGAUUGAAUUUCAAUUCCAUGCCGAUAUGCGUAUGCUGGCUAUUUUAAAUUAUAUCCAGACUCUAAUGAAUUUAUACUUUGUGAAUUUAGUUGGUUUUUGUUAUUUAAUGGUGGUUUUAACCUGAUUGCCCUGCUGAUUUUCAUUACAGGGGUUCUACAAGACGGUCAAACUGAAGAGGUUGGGAAUGAGGCAAAGAGGUUUCGAAUGGACACGACGAAGGUCUGCACCAAAUGCUGUGCUGAAUUCUUCGACGAGGCUGAAUUUCUCGAACAUCAGAAUAAUUGCACUAAAAGUCAUGAGGCAGUCAUCAUGAAAGAUGGAGCGAGGAGAGAAGUACCAGAAGAGUUCUCACAAGGAGACUCCCCUGGUGACUUCAAGAAUGACCACAAUGACUGCCAGCCCAGCAGUAAUUCUCUGUCAAAGUCCAAUGCAGAGUCUAUGGAAAGGAUGGAGGAUGAGGAAGGACCUAAAUUAAAUGGUGAGGAACAACCAUCCAAACAAGACCAGGUAGAGAUGUCUGACAGUCCCAGGCCUGAGAUGAGUCACCAUCAGCACCAGGCCUCAUCCAAACUCCAAGAUUCAAAUGUCACCUUGGAGUCCAUGCCUGGCACCAAAGUGGCCGUCACUCAGCAUUCAUCGAACAGUGGUUUGAACAACCGCAAGUCUCCACAGGCCUCCCAGGAGGCCUUGCAGGCCAUCCCCAUGAUCCUGGAACAGCUGGUGGCCCUUCAGCAGCAGCAGAUCCAACAGAUCCAACUGACUGAGCAGAUCCGUAUCCAGGUGGCCAUGAUGGCUCCACAGAGCUUCCACUCGGCCAAAGGGACAGCAGUUGACCCCCUUAAAGCCCUAGGAGCUCACCUCUCCCAGCAGCUCUCUGCUGCAGCAGCCCUGAUCAGUAAGAGGACCGGCCGCCAGAGUCUCUCGCUAGAGUCCCUCAAACAGGGCAAACUACCACAGUCCAACGGCAUCCCCACCUCACUGGCUGGAGGCAUGGGGCCGAUGCCCUUCAAAGCAGAUAUGUUGAAGGGGCUCCCAGACCUGGCCAACCGCCUACCAGCGUUACUGCCUCAAUCACCAGGCUCCAUGGCUUUCCAAAGUCCCUUCACUGGCCUCUCAUCAGGGUUGGAUCCCUCUAAGAAAGUAAAGAGCAAGAUCCCAAACAUGCCUGAGUCUAAAAACGGGUCUGGUGGCGACAGCAUGUACAAACACAAGUGUAAGUACUGUGGGAAAACCUUUGGGAACGACAGCGGGCUCCAGAUCCAUUUGCGCUCGCACACUGGAGAAAGACCGUUUAAAUGUAACAUCUGCGGAAACCGCUUCACAACCAAAGGAAACCUUAAAGUGCAUUUCCAGAGACACAAGGAGAAGUACCCUCAUAUCAGGAUGAACCCACACCCUGUGCCAGAACACCUUGACAACAUUCCCACCAGCAGCGGUAUCCCGUACGGCAUGUCAAUGCCCAUUGAAGAGUCCAACAUGGUGGAAAUGAAGCCAAUGCUUGGCAUCCCAUCUCCAGGUUUCCACCCAUCAGCACUGCAGGGGUUCAAGCCUUCGUUUGAUGGUUUCAGGAGCGACCCGUUCUCCCAAAGACCGUCAUCAUCAGGAAGUGAUGGAGCAUCAAUUUCCUCAAACAUGUUCAAUCACGAAAUGGGCUCUGAUCAGAACCACCAGGUAUCUAAAGAGCUAAUGGGAGCACUGCAUCACAUGAACGGCAAAGACCUUCCCGGCGAACCCGACGGCUCUGAAACUGCCAAAUUACAGCAGAUGGUGGAUGGGCUGGAAAAGAGGACCAAUGACCCAAACGAGUGCUACAUCUGCCACCGGGUGCUCAGCUGCCAGAGCUCCCUGAAGAUGCAUUACCGUACACACACGGGUGAGCGGCCCUACAAGUGUAAGAUAUGCGGCCGUGCCUUCUCCACCAAGGGCAACCUCAAAGCUCAUUACAGUGUCCAUCGGGCCAACACGCCCCUCAAGAUGCAGCACUCCUGCCCCAUCUGCCAGAAGAAGUUCACCAAUGCUGUGGUUCUCCAGCAGCACAUCCGCAUGCACAUGGGAGGCCAGAUCCCCAACACCCCCAUGCCAGAGACCCAGUUCGAGGCCUCUGAAGAAAUGGACUCUUCUCUGCCCGACGAGAAGUCCAUGGACAUCAACGACUUUGAUGAGAGCAUGGAAGACCAAUACACAGAUCUUGACUCUCAGGAGAAGCCAAGCGACACCUCAGAUUCUCUCCCACCAGCUGCGUCUGAGGAACCACGCCAGCCUCAUCAUGCUCCUCCAUCCUCCGUGUUCUCCAGCAUAGCUGCUCUGGAGAACCACAUGAAGAACCUCACCUCAGCUCUCAACCUGCAGCGCCAAAGCAGCACCGCUUCAGAGAGUGACGGCGUGCCCCCCAAAGAGGCCCCCUCAGCCUCUGAGAGCCUCCGGGAGCAAGAGUACCAGAGCGGCCGCAGCCCCGCCAUCUCCGACUCUGUCUCUUUCCACUCCUCAUCCCCAGUCUACAGCCAUGUGGGCAGCAGCAAGUCAAAGUCCCCAGAGUUAGCCUUCCCUGAGGAUUACACCCGGAACAGGCCUAAACCAGACUCUGAUGGCGGCUCUCAGGAUGCCAGUGAGUCCAAUGGCGCUCUGGACCUGACGGCACCCAGCUUCACCCCUAAAACCAUAAAAGAAGAGCCUGGCCUGUACUUCACUAAUGGAGAGUAUGGUAAGUGUUUAAACCCCUUUGUUUAGAAUGUGCUGUAUUGUAAAUCAAUGGCAUUCUCUGAAUGGUUUUAAGAGUAGGCUGACUGGGAGUAAUCUUUGAGUAUUGUUUAUUUACUGGAAUCUUCUCCUUCUCAACAGCUCCCAGCCAUUUGCCUCCUUUCAUGAGGGUGCCCUCCAGUCUGGUCCAACUGGAGAUGCAGAUUCCGCCAGAGAGCUCAAUGGGCAUGAGCUCUCUAUUUGUCUCUCAGAUGCCCCAGGGAGCGGGAGGGCAGCCACGGGACAGCUCUAGUGCUCCCCGUAGAUCCAGCAAGCAGCACCUGUGUAACUCCUGUGGCAAAAACUUCUCCUCUGCCAGCGCCCUGCAGAUCCAUGAGAGGACCCACACUGGAGAGAAGCCCUUCGGCUGCACCGUCUGUGGCAGGGCCUUCACCACUAGAGGCAACCUCAAGGUAAGGCUGUCUUUCAUAGAAGAUACAUGCUAUAAAAGCCUCCAUCUUUCAUAGACUCUGUGGUCUGGUAUGAUACUUUUGUAAUGUAUAUGCAACAAAAAAUGAGGUAUUUUUAACAGUAAUUUUCUGUAGUAAUCCAUUCUGGAUCACGCUUUUAUGAAUAUUGGCACUAUUUUCUUGAUGUGUAUUCUAUCUAUAUUUGUUUUAGGUGCAUGUUACAACUCACAUGUGGAACAGCUCUGCGAGGCGCGGCCAGCGCCUCUCUCUGGACAACCCCAUGGCCCUGAUAGCCAUGAGCUCAGAGUCUGGCAACAUGAUGCCAGAGAUGAUGCCACCUCCCAAGGAACAGGGUCCUCCUCAGCCAAUGAACUUCGACCAGUCUCUGUGGAACCAGUAUGCUGCUGCUUUCACCAACGGCCUGUCCAUGAAGACUAACGAGAUCUCUGUGAUCCAAAAUGGUGGUAUGCCUGGUAGCCUGGCCGGUGGUCCUCUGGUCCGCUCGACUGGAGGCCUGAUGAAAAUGGAUGGGUCCCACUCUGGCCUGCCUGCCACCAUGGCAGAGAUGGAGAAGAAUGGCUCAGAGAGCGUGGCCAAAUCUCAGUUCCUACAUUUCAUGGAGGAAGGGAAAAUUGCAGUGAACUAG